AUGGCAGUCGCGAAGGCCGUUGAUUUCGCCCUUUUAGAUGUUGGUCUAGCGGGGUCAUGGGCUCUUAUGCAGCAUUCAUGUGAUAUGCAUUAUUUAACGCACGAAUCUACGGAUCAGUCAUUUUGUUUAUUGGGUAAAAUCAUGGCCCCAACCUAUAGCGUGGUAUUUUUGAUACUGGGCUUGACAAGUCCGGAAAUGGUGACACUAGCGCCAAGCAUCUCGUUUCAACAGCAUUCUAAUGCACUAUGUAACCAUUUAGCCGAAACGGACUGUAAAUUAAGUUGCGAUCUUUCGCCAAAGUCUUCUAGAGAUGGUACAGCGUUCAAGCCUAACUGUGAGGAAACGCCGCCGGGUACAGGCCCUGAACGCCAUGGUAAUGAAGAACUGCUGGUUUCUGUAACCCAUGCCCGGGACAAUCACGACGAGGCGGUCAGGUCCUACUUUACACAGUUCGAUGAUGAGCGGAAGCAAAACCUCGGAUAUGCGAUAGCAGACAGUAGGGCGGCGAAAAUGUGUGUGAACUGGCAUAAUGUUGACAUCAGUUGGGACGAGCAUAACGUAUUUAGAGGUGAGGCGUGUUCAGACCAAUAUGGAGGUCUAGAUAACCAGUGCUACAUUUCUAACCAACUUUUGAAUUGA